AUGAUCACCUGCUUGCUGCUGUGGGUCGUUGUUGUUCCGCCGGCGUCGGCGUGCGGCAGUCACCCGUGCCCGAAGCCGGCGGGCAAGUGCCCUGUGAACGCGGUGAAGCUGGGCGUGUGCGCGGACGGGCUGAUCCACGCGGAGGUGGGGCAGCCGCCCAAGGAGCCCUGCUGCUCCCUCAUCUCCGGCCUGGCCGACCUGGAGGCCGCCGUCUGCGUCUGCCUCGCCAUCAACGCCAACGUCCUCGGCGUCGGCCUCGACGUCGCCGUCGACCUCUCCCUCCUUGUCAACUACUGCGGCCGCACCGUGCCCGCCGGCUUCCAGUGCGCAUAG